AUGGCAAGCUGGGCGAAGAGCGGACGAGGAGGCGCGCUUUCACCUCAACAAAGUCCACCAUCUCCAAGUGCCGGAGUGUCAUCGCCCUCAGAGACCAUGAACAGCGGCAGCAGCAACAGCGUCGGUGACAACAGUGGCAAACACGCCGACGAUCAGCAACAACCGACGUCCAUCACCAGCAAAGAACGCAAGACGUCUAAACCAGGAUCCAAUGGUGCUCGAUCCGGUGGCAGCACCUCACCCAAUAGCGAAAAGCGCACAAGCGACCGCCGAACAGCCCAGCCCGGUCCGUUUGGACGCACUUCUAAUGGAGACGAGGACCGUCACUCUGUCAACCACGUCCAAGAGCAACAGACGAUAGAGCACCAAGAGUCACGGCACCAUGAUGCCACGAGCCCACAACACCAGCUGAGCGACUACCGCCAGAGACUGGCUCGCGAGAUGUCGGCACGAGUCAACAACCAAACGUCGCCUGUGACGAGCCCGUUUGCAAAACGCCCUUCACCCAUCGAAGAGGAGAAGGUCUCCGCAUCAGGCUCACCAUCGGCGCCUUCGGCACCAUCUGCGUCACCAACGAAACCCACCGCUCUGCCUUCGGCUCGUACUUCUACGCCAGCAUCCGCAUUGCUCUCCUCCUCGUCGUCCGGUACAACUUCUACCGACUCAGCCCGAACCGUGCGCGCGGCUGAUCCUGGCAAGGGAGUCACGGCACGGACGCCGUCAUACCCGUUUCCUCGCAUGGCGAUGCCCAGCGCUAGUAGAGACCCUUCGUUUGCUUCAACAGUCGCUUGGUCUGCACAUGCACGGUCAUCGCAGGCUCGGUUGCAGUCGGAUCGCGACAGAGGUUCCUCUGGUGCAGGUUUCGAAUCUGAGCAAAAGUCGACGCAAUCACGAUCGGAACCACAGCGCCAGGAGUCGGCCUACAGCUUUCGGUCUGACCAGGUGCUGUCGAGCCCCUCGACACCUGCCUCUGCUGUCACGUUUCUGCCCAGCAGUGCUCUCGGCCGUGACCCUCAUGACGAGACCGGCAAAUAUGCGACCCUCAACGGGAGUCGCUACCUCGAUCAUCACGAUUUUGAAACCCCCAAUUUAUAUGAACUUGCACUCGCCUUAUCCACAGAGCCCGGGUUGGAUGCGUGGUGGGACGCCAUCGUGCAGAUUGCCACCCAGUGGUACAAAGCCGAGCGUGUCGCUCUCGUAAUCCCGUCUGAUUCGACCGACGUCGAGAACAUGCCGUGGGGUCAGAAAGCAACUUUUAAGAUUCGCGAGAAAGAUGAUGAACUCAGUUUGGGCUACAUGGGGCACGACAGUCUCGUUGCGGCGACAACGGACCUAGGUUCCAAUGCCACACCACUCCUCUCCACCUCGGGCAUCCUAUCUCCUCCCCCACCGGCCCCUUCUCCGGCGCCGGCCGAACAGCUGCGCCGCCCCAACCUCACUGCCCGAUAUUCAUAUACGACGUACGAGGAACGCAAGGAGAACAACCAGCUUGACGAUCCGAAGCCUGGAGCCGGUGCUGACCAAACAUCCGCAGCACCGAUUCGUCCUUCGCUUUCAAGAUGCCAGACGUCUCAGCCGGUCGCCACGCAGCGUACCGAUAUCCCCAAGGCUGACUGGCCGGCCGAAAUGCUGCCGCCCAAGCCCUACACCGCUUUGAAACAUUCCGUCCUUGAAGAGCACGAUGCUACGGAAGAUCCUCACGGUAUGACAACGUACGUCACCGGAUCGUCGCUCCAGCAACAGUCCGAGACCAGGGGUAGAGUAUUGCCAGUCCUCCAGGCCCUCGACUACGAAGCGGACCCGUUGAUCGACCACAAUGGCGUGCAACGUGUACUGGACCGCGGCCAUGUCGUCGCACUGACCCGUUCAUAUCCGUAUAUUACGCCCAAGCAGCCAGAGACACCAGCGCCCGCGCCUGUCACCACGCAAAAUCAACAACCGCCAACUCCAGAUGGCGGGGAUGAAGAAACGAUGGCGAACACAAACUUGUCGAAACUGGCCAACGAACUUGCCGGCGGUUCCAACCAGCGUCUUCAGCAAGGGUCCCCUCUGAAACUCUCGACACUCCUCGGGACAAGUGGGCUGCCACCUACCAAAAACUCCAAUGCCAGGCCGAGCGCGAGUUACAUGAGACGACUCACGGGCGCUAGCAUUGCGUCAAAGCUCGAAGAGGCGAAACCUCAGCGGUCAAAGUCGCCGCUGUACGAAGAGUACGAGCAAAUGCCGCCUUCACCAUGGUCGCAGUCACCGGCACCGUCUCCGGCGGUACGGCACGACCCCAAUGAGAACCCGUUCUUUAGCGAUGCCGUCGUCGACGAGGACAGCUUCAACCCUGCCUUGUCACCGGAGGACUACAAGGAAGCACGGCCUCUGGAGGCCAUUGGUUUCGACAAUGCCUGCACUGUCCUUCACAUUCCUCUGUACCACCCCUUGCUCUCCAAGACAUCCCAGCCUUUCCGCCUAGACAAAUCGAAAAUGGAACGCCGGUCAUCACCGAGACGCGACAACGACAAGAGCUCGGACAAUUCCGUGGAAACGUCUCCAAGCCGACGAAAGGAAAUGCCCAUUGCGAUACUGUCCAUUUUGACGCCCAUCAUUCCCUAUCCAUCCAAACUGCGCUACUCUCUAGAGCAUCUGGCGCCUCAUAUGGCUACAUCAUUUUCUCUCUGCGUCCAUUACUCGAACCUCGAGGCGGAGAUCAACGGCUUAAACCGUCGCCGCCAUGAGAUGAGCGGCUUUGGUGCCGUCGACACCGAGGGUCAUCCCUUACCUACGGCAUCUGCGUUUAUGAACACGCCGUACUUGCCAUCGGAGGACCACAUUUCGCACCGCUCACAAACCGGAAGCAUGACGAGUUUCAGCGACUACUCGGCAAGAUCACGGAGCAUCGCGGGCUCUCCUGGCGGCACACCUGGCUGGGAUUCGGCGGCCUUGAACGUGUUCUUGGAGCGUCGUGCGAACACCGGCAAUGGUAUCAGCCCCAGCAUCGCUUCGCUCACCGGUGACGGCUACUUUGGUAUGCGAACAAGCAACAUGAGCGCCUUUGGCCGGCCAGCUACAACACCCGGAGGUACUAGCAGUAAUGGCGGCGGUGGCGGCGGCGGCCCUCCAGCCAGGGAAAGAGGUAGAAAGAACUCCGUCUCACAUAGCGAGAAGCGCUUGUCUGCUCUUCGCCUGCCUGAAGUCACUCUCUCGGCUCAGGAAGAGCGUGUGGGCAGUCCUUUGCCCGACCUAUCGACAACAGCCAACCUGCCAGCAGCCCUCUCGUCCCCUUCAAUCAGCCGCAACGAGGACUCGCCUGCCUCUUCCCAGCAAAUCUCUAGAGGCUCCGGUACAACGUCGGCUGAGACUGGUGUGGGAAGUUCAACAGAGGCACUUUCCAGCUCCGCAAAUAGUCGAACAGCGCACCCGGCUCCUGCCUUAAGUGGCGACCCUGUGCCCCCUCUACCACCGAGCGACUCGAAGAAGCGUCCCGUUGAGAGAGACGCAAUCGUCUCGGAGGAGCUGAAGUUGGCGUUUUCGGAUCGACCACCGCUGGUGAGCCCGGCGGUCCAUACGCCCGGUGGCACACCCCACCAGCGGCAUCCUCGCUUCCAGCACCAGCACAGCCAUAGCCAUGGCGGACACAGCCAACUGCACUCCUAUGGUGCCGAUUUUGCGUCCACAUUUCCAUCGCUCCCCCCCAGUGGGACCGUUGCCGUCAAGGGCGCAAGUGCCACUAUGCAUCCUCAGACCUCGACUCCAUCUCAUGCCCCGUCGGCUGCGUCUUCGAGUCCUGUGGACAUGCCGCCGCCCUCGGAUCGACUCAAGGGCCUGAUCCUAGACUCUCUACCGGCCCAUGUAUUCGUCGCCAUGCCUCAAACAGGAGCCAUCGUUUGGGUCAACAGUCGCUAUCUGGCAUACCGUGGCCAGACGGUAGAGGGAUUGGCGGAAGACCCAUGGGGCAGUCUUCACCCUGACGACUGCGACGAAUAUCUCAAGGCUUGGAGCCACUCCGUCCGUACUGGCGACCAGUUCUCUCGCACGGUGCGGAUCCGCCGCUUUGACGGAUCCUACCGCUGGUUCCAGGCGCGGGCGGUUGCUUCACGCGACCGGCGCAACAGCAUCAUGCAAUUCCUGGGCUCGUACAUGGACAUCCAUGACCAGCACAUUGCAGAACUGAAAGCAGCCCGCCAAGAAGAGAUUGAAGCAUCUGAGACAAAGCAUCGUAUUCUGGCCAAUCUCAUCCCACAAAUCAUCUUCACCGCCAACGAGGAAGAGGGCGUCACCUUUGCCAACGAGCAGUGGCUUUCGUACACCGGCCAGAGCUUCCAGGACCUGCUGGGCCUUGGCUUCUUGGACAACGUGCAUCCCGACGACCUGGCCAAGUGCAGCUUCCUACCGGUGCCCGCGCAUUUGCAGGAGCGCCGGAAGCGGCUGUUGCAAUCUGUGUCGUCGCCCCUCUCCGCUCGAGGCGCCAACAAUGUGGGCGACCGGGACCGGAAGACAGAAUCGGGCAAUGACGAAGAGCUGAGUGAACUGGCCGAGCUCGCUCGCCGUGGCAUCAUCCUAGUAACGACGGACGAUAACGGGCGACCGUCAUACACAACCGAAGUACGCCUGCGGUCCAAGACGGGUGAAUACCGCUGGCACUUGGUACGCUGCGUGGAGACGGGCACGGUGGACUUUGGCAAGGGCUACAAUUCGUAUUUUGGCUCGGCCACCGACAUCAACGACCACAAGCUUCUGGAGACCAAGUUGAAAGAGGCCAUGGACUCCAAGACACGUUUCCUGAGCAACAUGUCGCACGAGAUUCGCACACCCCUGAUUGGCAUUUCCGGCAUGGUCAGCUUUUUGCAAGACACGGUCCUGAACGAAGAGCAGCGCGACUACACCAACACCAUCCAAACCAGUGCCAACAGCCUGCUAAUGAUUAUCAACGACAUUUUGGACCUCUCCAAGGUCGAUGCCGGCAUGAUGAAGCUGAGCUUCGAGUGGUUCCAUACGCAGUCUCUCAUUGAAGAUGUGAACGAACUCGUGUCGACCAUGGCCAUUGCUAAGCGCCUUGAGCUGAAUUAUAUUGUCGACGACGACGUGCCCUCCUGGGUCAAGGGCGACCGUGUGCGCAUCCGGCAAGUCCUUCUCAAUGUCAUUGGCAACGCCAUCAAGUUUACCACCAAGGGCGAGGUGUUCAGCCGGUGCCGGAUUGUCAAGAACAAGAGCAAUGCAGGGGCAAACCAGAUCGAGCUCGAGUUUUCCGUCACGGACACAGGGCGCGGCUUCACGAAGGAAGAGGCCGACCUCAUCUUCAAACCCUUCAGCCAGAUUGACGGCAGCAGCACACGGCAGCACGGUGGCAGUGGCUUAGGCCUCGUCAUCUCGCGGCAGCUUGUCGAGCUCCAUGGUGGCACAAUGAAUGGCUCGGCCGUCCCUGGCAAGGGCUCCACAUUCACCUUUACCGCCAUCUUCAAUCUACCGACGGAGCAGGACCACCCGGAUGGCCACUUGACGCCGUCUGCCGAGGCGAAUCCGAAAGCACCCAACCUGACCUUGACGGCGAUGGGGCUUGCCACGCCAUCGUUCAUGGAUCCGGCCGCCAUAAUUGCCGCCGCCGCCGCGUCGGCAGCAGGCGCUGGCUCCACCGGGGUGUCCAGCGUGCCGGUGGAUGUGGAGCCGAACGCGACGGCAUCACCAGCAGGCGGCUCGAGCGGAAGCUCAGUUCCUUCCAUUGCGUCGAACAAGUCGCACCCGUUGUCAGAGCGUUCGUCCUCGAUAUCCUCCGUGAAUACGAAUACGGGCGGGCUCACACGCUUCAGUGAAGCCGCUCGUGCCAGCGGACAGGACGUAUCCCACAUGAAGUUCAGGGUACCACCAAGCGGCAGCGACGUCCCAUCGCCUCGAUUGCCUACACUGCCGGUGCCUAAGAGCAGUGAUACGACCACCACGGUGACAGAAGCGACAGGCGCUUUCGCAUCACGCACCGGGGCAGCAGAGACGAAGCCGGCGGUGCCCAGGCGCACCCUGAGUCAGCCAUCUUCGUUUUCCAUCUUGAUCAUUUGCCCCCAGACACACAGCCGCGAAGCGACCGCACAGCAUAUCGAGACCACGCUGCCCAAGGACCGCCCGCACAGUAUCACCGCUGUGGCGACAAUGUCCGAGGCACAAGAAUUGAUCAAAACCGAGGCCAAGCCGUUUACGCAUGUGGUGGUCAAUCUUCCAUCGGCACAGGAGGUCCUGGACCUUGUGGACCAGCUCGACCGUUCGACCAUGCUGGAGACAGCGCACGUUCUCGUCCUGUCCGACUCGGUGCAGCGCCAGGAAGUCAACAAGCUGGCCGCCGGUACACGGUACGAGCAGCGGCUCUCGGAGGCGCGCGUGAUGUACAUCUACAAGCCGGUCAAGCCGUCGCGGUUCGCCGUGAUCUUCGACCCCAAGCACGAGAGCGACAUUAGCAUCGACCGCAACCGAUCCAACGCGCAGCGGCUGGUGGAGACGCAGAAGAAGAGCUACCUGGACUUGUCGCAACGUAUGGGCAACAAGGGGUACAAGGUGCUGCUGGUGGAGGACAACAUGGUGAACCAGAAGGUGCUCACAAAGUACCUGCGGAAAGUCGGCGUGGACGUGGACAUGGCGGCGGACGGUGAGGAAUGCACGGACACUGUUUUUGCGCGGCCUCACGACUACUAUUCGCUGAUUCUGGUGAGUUUUGUUUCCCAACGCCCCAUCGCCGUCCAUUUUGUAUUGUUGCUAACCGGCCAGUGUGAUUUGCAUAUGCCGCGCAAGGAUGGAUAUCAAGCGUGUCGCGAGAUUCGCGGGUGGGAGGCCAAGGGCAACUACAAGAAGCCGAUCCCCAUCAUUGCACUGUCGGCCAACGUCAUGUCGGACGUUUACGACAAGUGCAUCGAGGCCGGGUUCAGCAAGUACAUUACGAAGCCGGUCGACUUUGUCGUCCUGAGCCGGGCGCUGGCCGAGUUCUUUUGA